AUGACUUUAUCAAUCAAAUCUCCAACAAAACCAAUCCCAGUGACUCUUCUAUCUGGGUUCUUAGGUGCAGGCAAAACAACAUUAUUAGAACACAUAUUAACAUCAUCUCAUGGCCUGAAAAUUGCACUUGUUAUCAAUGAUAUGUCUUCGUUGAACAUUGAUGCUGCAUUAAUUUCCAAUCAUAAAGUCACAAAGAAGGAAGAAAAAUUGAUUCAAUUACAGAAUGGUUGUAUUUGUUGCACUCUUAGAGGUGACCUUUUGGAAGAAUUGGUUUCUUUAGCUAAAAAUGGAGAAUUUCAAUAUAUUAUCAUCGAAAGUACUGGUAUUUCUGAACCUAUGCAAGUUGCUGAAACUUUCACAACUGAGUUCACUGAAUCUUUAUUAGCACAAGACCCAAAUGAUCAAGCUGCCCAAGGUAUUAAUCCCGAGGAAGUAGAAGCUUUGAAAGAAAUCAUCAAAGUCGGUGGAUUGAAUAAGUUGGCUUCUUUGGAUACCUGUGUAACUGUUGUUGAUGCCGUUAAUUUCAUUGCAAGUUUUGAAACAACUGAUUUCUUGGCUGACAGAUUUGGCGAUAAUGGUCAAGGUGAAAGUGAAAGAACAAUCACUGAUUUAAUGGUUGAUCAAAUUGAAUUUUCUGAUGUGAUCAUAUUAAAUAAAAUUGAUUCAGUUGGUAAGAAAACCCUUGAGAAAAUUGUGAAGAUUUUAAAAAAUCUAAAUCCUGUUGCCAAAAUUAUUCCGACUAAUUAUUGUAAAGUGGAUUUGAAAGAAAUUAUCAAUACUGGUAAAUAUGAUUUUGAUAAAGCAUCCAGUUCUGCAGGUUGGUUGCAAAGCAUUCAAGAAAUGGCUAUCAGAGAUGGGAAAUAUGGUGCUGAUAUGUCUAGUAGAAUGGCCCCAAAACCUGAGACUGAAGAAUAUGGUGUCAACAAUUUUGUUUAUUCUGCAAGAAGACCGUUUCAUCCUAAGAGAUUGUAUGAAGCCAUUAGGGAUAAAUUUCUUGUCAUUGAACAAAAUGCUUAUAUUGAUGAUGAGGAAGAACAACAACAAGAAGAUGAAGAUGACCAGGAUGACGAGCAAGACGAGGAGUCAGAAGAUGAAUCAAAAGAAGGUGACGAUGAACAAGAGGAUGAUGAUGAUGAGCAAGAUGACUUUUCACAGGAACAAAUCAUUAACAAUAAAAAGAAUUCACCAUUCGGUCCAUUAUUACGCUCCAAAGGUUUCAUUUGGUUAGCAUCAAGAUAUAUCAUUAGAGGAGAAUGGAGUUCAGCAGGUGCAAUGCUCACACUCAAAGGUGGAAUUCCGUGGUUUGCCAUAACUGGUGAAGAAUACUGGCCUGAAGAUCCAAUGGCUGUUGCUUUGAUCAAGAAAGAUUUUGAAGGUAAAUUUGAUGAUAGACGUCAGGAGUUAGUUUUCAUUGGACUAUCAAUUGACAAGGUGAAAGUGACUGAAGCAUUGGACGCUUGUUUGCUAAAUGAUGAAGAAUGGAAAGAUUAUAAUGAAAUAGUUGACUCAAAGAAGAAUAUAGUUGAUAUCGAAAAAACAUUGCAAAAUGAAUAUGAAGAUGGAUUUGAAGAUUGGAUCAAAUUUGAUAAUGAGGUAACAGAAAGCCCAGAUGCUAAGCUAGAGCGCUAUAACAAGAAAAAGCAUGCCAACCAUGACCAUUCUGGUAAGGAAGACUCAGUGAAAGUUCAUUAG